UUGCAGGAUUUAGUGGGCCCGAACAGCUGUUACAAGUUUGACUACAAGGGUUGGUGCGGCCGAACCACGACUCCCGUCACCAAUGGCGAGGGGCGCGUCAUUGCCGUUCUAGCAGGGCAGCCUGAUGAUCCCAGCUGGGAUGGCAUACAUACCUCGGCCGCCGACCUCUUGGAUCAAACUUAA